AUGCUAAGUCCAUCAUAAUAUUAACAACUAUAAAGAUUGUCUCCAUAAAGAGUGAGCAUGCCUGGGAUGUCUCGAGUGCCUGCCUUCGUAAAGACCAGAGAAGUUCGAAUGCCCUCUCCUGCCAAACAAUACUCUCCUACUAAAUAUGUGAUUCACAAUCCUCCAUUGUAUAUGAGAUCUCGAAUGGCCAGUACUGAGGACAUUCCAUCAAUGCCUUCAGAAUCCAAAAAUAUCAACAAUGAUAGAAAGUAUUCAAUGCACAUCGAUCCAAAAACACAAUAAAUAUCUCAUCUCAAUGAAAUAAUUCAAUAGCAACAACAAUAGAUCUUGACACAGGAGAGUCAAUGCUUGGAAACAGAAGUUCAUUGAACUCAAUCAGAAAUAUCACUAAAUGUAAGAAAAGUACUAUCUUGCUGAUACUG